AUGCCGCAACAAAAUGCUGUGUUAAAGGAUGGUGGGGACUCUGAUGGUUUCAUUGAACAAUGUCAAAGGCUUGGACUCUCUUCGGAGCAAAUAUUUGAAUUGUGGAAGUUGAAAUUACAAUUCACUCAAGAAGAAGCCAAAGCAAAAGCAAGACAGGAAGAAUUAAAAUUGGAAAUUGAAUUAUGUAAAUUAAAAUCAAAUGGAAGUAGCACUGAUGAAAAUAAGAACAAACGCAAAUUUGAGGAAAUUAGUGAUCAAGAUAUGGAUCACGAUAAACUGUUGAAAACCAAACAAAUCAAAACCUGUUCGGAAUUAUUUUGUGAUGAUGUAUUAUGUAACAUAUUUGCAUAUUUAAAUUAUGAUUUUGAGAUUUUUAAAUACUUGACAGUUUCAAAACAAUUUAGGAAUGUUAUUAAUACUAUUAAAAAUUUAUUGAUAAGGAAAUCUACUCUAAUACCUAACUGUGAUUUAAUUCAAAUAGAAAAUUUGGAAAUACUUUCUCAGUAUGAACCCGAUUCUCUAUUAAAAUUAAUUCUCAAAUGUGUAAACAUCAAACACCUUGUCAUUAAGAGGUUAUUUGAGGAAAAUGAUAAAACUUUCACAUUCCAUUUCAAGAAACCUACCAUACAAUUUAUAAAAAUUAAAACUAGUUAUAACAAAAUAGAAUUAAAAGACAGAAAUUUAUAUAAUUUGAAACUUUUAGAUAUUUCAAUGGAGGAGUAUGAUAUUAUGAAAAAACUAUCACCAAUUAUCAAUAAUUAUACUGACUGUCUUAGAAUAUUGAGAAUUGAUGAUCUAUUUAGUAAUAUUUCUCGGAUUUUAAAUUUGAAACUCCUCUCAGUUUUGGAUAUACAGCUCGAUGGUGAAAAGCAACUAAUAAUGCUUCUAAAUAAUAUUAAAACAUUAGAAAUUUUAAAAGCAUACAUGAUAGAUGCAAGUGAGCAAGAUGAUGAGGUUGUUGACACUGAUAUGAUUCUAAAUUUAAAAUACUUAAGGAUUGAUUAUUCACAAGACACUGAUCAAGCCAGUUAUUGUCUUAAUCAUGUAUGGAAAUAUAACUUUUCAAAUCUGAAAAUAUUGAAAAUAGUUUCGAGAGUAUUUAAGGACACUGAAAAAUUUUUCAGUAAUAAUACAUUGAGAAAUUUAGAAAUAUUAGUAUUUAAUUUAUAUGCGACCAAAGAUUUGGCAUUUAGUUUGAGUAAUUUGAGCUUAGUUAAAAAUUUGAAGCAUUUACGUAUCAAAGUCCUAGGAGAUAUAGAUUUUAAUAUGUUUUCUAAUGAAUGUUUGAAUAAUUUGGAAUCGCUGUUUACAAAUUCAGAUAUCUCUCAAAAUUUGGAAAAGAUUGAACAUUUAAAACAUUUAAGGAGAUUAUCAGUGGUAAUCAGUGGAAAGGAGCAAUUGAUGGAUUUUAUUAAAUUGGAUGUACUGAGAAAUUUGGAAUAUUUAAGUAUUAUUUGUACAAUUGGAGAAUUUCCAAAAGAAUUUUUUGAAGAAUUGGGUAAAAACUAUGAGAAUUUAAUUGCAUUGGAAUGUACAUUUUCAUCGUACAAAGAUAUUGAGUUAUUGCAACAGUUUAAACCACCAAAAUUGAAAAAAGUUCAAAUUCUUAAAGAUCUAUCCUCUUUCUCCAGCAUGAUGUUUAAAUUACUUUCGAAAUGGAAUGAAAUUGAAUGGAAAGUUAGUGACUGUUCUCGUUUUCAACACUUUAUUGAUCAUCAAAUCCAAAAUUUUGAAGAUGCUGUGUUAAAGGAGAGUACAGUAGACGACAACUAA